AUGUCUCUGCUUACCAAGCCCCAUACUAAACAGAAAGAAUUUUCUCUACGAAAAGACAACCAGCACGCUAACGUACUUGGUGAUACAGACAAACUGAACGAUGAUAUUCGCCGAGCUGUCACGAUUGGUAUUGAUGAAUGCUUUUUAUCAUUUCCAAAACCCAAACCAGGAGAUUGGGUUUCCUUGCAUCAAGAAAAAGGUCAAACUGUACAAGAAUUUGAGCGUACAAAACGAACAGUACCACAUACAACUUACAAAACAAUCUACAUACAACCUAUUGGUCCGUUCGAUCAUCCAAGGGCACCUUCAUUGGAAACCAUUUGUGAAUUUUCAAGCAAUUAUUUUCCUGGGUGUGAAUUAGAAAUUCUACCUCAAAUUGAAUUUUCUGAUUUCUCAAAGCAUCUCAAAACCGGAAAACGUAUCAAUAAGUAUUCAAAACAACCACAAUAUCUAGCUGGUUUUAUAAUUGGUCAUUUGAAGAAAAUGAGACGGCGAGAACGAAAAAAUGAUCGAAAAGAAUUAUUUUGCGUCGGAGUCACCAUGGCUGACAUUUAUCCAGAAGCUAGUUGGAAUUUCGUUUAUGGUUUAGCAUCGAUCGACGAUGGCAUUGGAAUUUAUUCAUUUGCUCGACUCGAUCCAGUAUUUCCAGACAUAGAAACAGCUAGACCAUGUACAGAUGAAGAGCGAACAUUAAUUCUCAGACGAGCUGUAGGUGUUUUUGUUCACGAAGUUAUACAUUUGUUUGGACUCGAACAUUGUAUCUAUUAUUCAUGUUUGAUGAACGGAUCUGAAAGUGAAGAAGAAAUGGACAGACAACCGUUGUAUUUAUGUCCAGUGUGUCUAAGAAAGAUGUAUUCAGCAAUGGGGAAAGAGAAGCAACACUUCAAUGUAAUACAAAUGUACACGAAAAUGUUGGAUGGUUGUAAACGACUUAAUUUAAAAACCGAAUUAGAAUGGUAUGAAAAUAGGCUGAACAUAUUGAAUAGGACAGCAGAUAAUUGA